UACAAUUCCCACAAUGCACCACAGUAAAUGUCGUCAAAACGGAAGUGUUAGGCUACUUCAGAGAGGAAAUAGUUUGAUACACAUUGAUAUAUUUCAGAUUUCUUUCUACAGUAUUAUUUAUGUAUCGACUCUUGUAUUCUUUAGCUAGUAAUACACUUUACUGUGAGUGAGCUAGCAUGUUUAGUCAGCUAAGCUAGCAUGAUAGUUAAUUUACCACCAGUUUAUUUUGCUAAUGUGAUGUGAGCCUAGAAGGAAAAGUCAGUUUGUUACAUUUCAGGAUGUACACCUUGUUGUCAGGUCUUUACAAAUACAUGUUUCAGAAAGACGAAUAUUGUGUUUUGAUUCUUGGGCUCGAUAAUGCUGGAAAAACGACAUUCCUGGAGCAAACAAAAACGAAAUUUAGCAAGAACUACAAAGGAAUGAGCCUUUCCAAAAUCACCACCACAGUGGGUUUGAACAUUGGCACUAUAGAUGUGGGGAAAGCAAGGCUGAUGUUUUGGGAUCUUGGAGGACAAGACGAAUUGCAGUCACUGUGGGAUAAAUACUAUGCAGAAUCUCACGGAGUUAUCUAUGUAAUUGACUCCACUGAUGAAGAGCGUCUGACUGAGUCAAAGAAUGCCUUUGAGAAGAUGAUUAGUAGUGAAGCUCUUGAAGGUGUUCCUCUUCUGGUACUUGCAAACAAACAAGACGUAGAGAAUUGUUUGUCUGUACCUGACAUUAAGACAGCAUUCAGUGACUGUGCACCCAAAAUCGGUAAACGGGACUGUCUGGUCCAGCCUUGUACUGCACUGACAGGUCAGGGGGUGAACGAAGGAAUUGAGUGGAUGGUGAAGUGUGUGGUUCGGAACAUUCAUCGUCCACCUCGACAAAAAGACAUUACAUAAACUCACAUUUGUGUGUGUGUGUCCUGAUCUGUUGAUCAGAAUAGAAGAAUUUUAUUGCUGUGGUUGCAUUUAUUCCAGCUUCUUGUCUUACACUAAAGCACCAGCUGUGAAGUACAGGCAUGUGCUCGUGUGUAAAGUGGACUGUACAUUGAUGUUCGUUUUUUUUUUUUUUUUUGAAGUACACAUUAAUUGAAAGACAGUUUCCUUGAUGUGAAUUCUGCUGUGGUGCAGAUGCUCAUCUUGGAGCAAACCUCUCUGUUCAGCAGGAUGAAAGUACAAAAAUGAGGGGUUUUUCUGUUUAUUAACACUAAAAUAUUAUUUAAAUAAUCUAGACAUUCUAAAAUGAACAUACACAAGUAGGAGUCUUUUUUUUCUUCAUUUUGGAACCCUACCAAAUGAGAUUUUUAACAACUUAUAUAAAUUCUUUAAUAAACACCAUUGUUGAAAGCAAAUAAAGCCUCUGUGACCUCUA